AUGUUUGGUUCCGCGGGCGCCUCGGCCACUUCCGGCGGCCGAUUUGGCGCGUCUUCGGCGCAGCCGGCUGGCGGCGGGUUGUUCGGCAGCUCUGCAUCGGCCCAGACGGCUCCAGGCGGCGCCUCUGCGACGACCGGGAUGGGUCUCUUCGGGUCUACUCCGGCGGCAACUGGCGGCCUGUUUGGGAGCGCCUCCGGAGGCGCAGCCGGGACUGCAGGGACCGCGCAGUCUGGCGGAGGCCUCUUUGGAGCCGGAGGCGCAGCCGGGACUGCAGGGACCGCGCAGUCUGGCGGAGGCCUCUUUGGAACCGGAGCGACGACCGCGACGGGCGCCGGCGGGGCGAGUCUCUUCGGCGGGGGCGCGCAGAAGCCGGCGACGGGCGGAACGACGGGACUGUUUGGAGGCGGAACUGCGGCCGCAGGGACAGCGGGCGGUGGGGGCCUGUUUGGGAGUUCUCAGGCGGCCAAGCCCGCAACCGGAGGCCUGUUUGGAGCCCCAGCGGCGCAGAACACGGGCGCGACGGGCGGUCUCUUUGGAGCCCAACCGUCAGGGACGACUGCGGCGCCUGCAGGCGUCGUCGUCCUGCCGAGAGAACCCACCGUGGCAAACAUCGACCGAGUGGUGCCUGGGGUGCUGGAAAAGUUCAAGAAGAUCGAGGAGAAGAUGCGAGAGGAGGAGAGAGUCAUGAACGAACUGCAGACAGCGACGAGGAAGAUGAAGGAAUCUUUUUCGGGGUUUUCCUCCUCGCUUUCCGCACACCAGUCACGCGUCUCCUGGGCGUUCCAUCACGUCCUCGUCUUGAAGCGCCAGGCGCAGAAUCUGGCCCCCGUCGUUCAGCGCGACAAGCAACUCGCUUUGCAGGUUGAACAGCUCCACCAGCAACUCGAACAAAACAUUACUGCGGCUAACGCCUCUCUGGCGAGGGCCAGCUCUGUGGGCGCAGCGCGCGAUGCCGUCUAUGUCGUCCCUCUUCAGGUGCCGUGUCCUUUGUCUACGCCGCUGUAUCAACAGCUUUUGCAAGAUGUGUGGAGUGUAAGUGGAAGGCUCCAGCAACUGGAGCAGCACGUAAAGCUGUUGCGACUCGAGCGAGAGAACGCUGCGCGGGCGAGCUGUCCGUACGCCGAUGAAGCGUACCCAGCGGGAGGCGAUUUGGCAGCCGGAAGCGACUUCCACUCCGAAAUUCAAAUGAUCAAAGAGGUCCUCGACUCUCAGCGGGAAGUCUUGCUCGCCACGGCACAGAAAGCCCUCGAACUCCGAGAAACCACGCGGCGGAUGCAAGAUCAUCUCGAGCGUCUGGGGGUUAAGAUUCCCGUCUUCCCCGAAGACCAGGAAGAGGCCGCAGUGAAUGCGAUGGCUGUCCAGGCGAGCCAGAGCACGGGAGGAUGGGGAAAGAGAUUUGUCAUGCUUCCGCAGGUCGACACACGCGCUGCACUGACUGCCUCUUCGGGACUACCCGCUCCGACCUCCUCACCUCUCGGUGGCCUUUUGGGGCCUGUGAGCUCCCAGACGUCACCGGGCACUUCCGGCGGCCUAUUUGGCGCGUCUUCGGCGCAGCCGGCUGGCGGCGGGUUGUUCGGCAGCUCUGCAUCGGCCCAGACGGCUCCAGGCGGCGCCUCUGCGACGACCGGGAUGGGUCUCUUCGGGUCUACUCCGGCGGCAACUGGCGGCCUGUUUGGGAGCGCCUCCGGAGGCGCAGCCGGGACUGCAGGGACCGCGCAGUCUGGCGGAGGCCUCUUUGGAACCGGAGGCGCAGCCGGGACUGCAGGGACCGCGCAGUCUGGCGGAGGCCUCUUUGGAACCGGAGCGACGACCGCGACGGGCGCCGGCGGGGCGAGUCUCUUCGGCGGGGGCGCGCAGAAGCCGGCGACGGGCGGAACGACGGGACUGUUUGGAGGCGGAACUGCGGCCGCAGGGACAGCGGGCGGUGGGGGCCUGUUUGGGAGUUCUCAGGCGGCCAAGCCCGCAACCGGAGGCCUGUUUGGAGCCCCAGCGGCGCAGAGCACGGGCGCGACCGGCGGUCUCUUUGGAGCCCAACCGUCAGGGACGGGCGGGAGCAGUUUGUUCGGCAACACAGGUGGCGGCUUAUUUGGAGCGAAGUAG